AUGGACAACGAACCGAGACUCAUCGCAGCCAUGUGUGUUCGCAGUGAGCUGGAUGGAGUGGCAGAGUCAGCUCACUUUUACGAACAGGAGAAGGCUUUCGCGGUCAACGUUGAGUACAAAUAUUCUGAAGCUACAAGGGACGUCACAGGUCCGGCCACCCCGGAUACAAACACCGACACACCUGCGACUGCCCCUGGCCUUCCUCCUGUCCACUUACAGCUCGCCCAUUCCGAUGUUCGACGUUGGCAGCUAGCUCUCGGAUACGGCCGCCUCAACAACGUCGCCAAGAACCUUCUAGUUGAUCGGGCACGAAACAUUCCUUUGCUUCAUACAUAUGGAGCGGUCUCCAGUGACCGACACAUCACCUUCUACGUCGGCUUCGGCCUCUUUGGACUCAUCUACGGCGGACUUCACUGCGUGGCAUGGAAUGCCCCAUUUGUUUCUGACCUCGAAAAGAUUCUCUGA